GAUACCCUGCAAAGGCACUGAUGUAGGGAGAAAUUUGCGCAGUUGCACCCCAGGAGUGUCCUGGAUCAGUGGGCACGUGGAGACCGCUUGCAGUUUUCUUGGUUAUUGGCGAGUUCACCCCUCUCAAGAAUUUUCUGCACAACUAUAGUUCCCAGCUGGCUUAAGUGUUACCUUGGCCUAGGAUGGCGAGAGAAUCAAAAGAAAACGAAACCCUAGAAUCACAUCCUGCAGAGGAUCAGGCUGGGAUCCUCAUGGUGAAGGUGGAGGAGGAGGACGCCUCCACUCUGGCUGCAGAGACUGGAGCGACCCACAGCCUCUCUCCAGGUCCGGAGCGCUUACGUCAGCGCUUCAGAGGCUUUCGCUACCCGGAGGCGGAGGGUCCCCGCGAAGCACUGAGCCAGCUCAGUGAGCGCUGCAGACUGUGGCUGUGACCGGAGAUGCAUAGCAAGGAGCAGAUCCUGGAGCUGCUGGUACUGGAGCAGUUCCUGACCAUCCUGCCCGGGGUGCUGCAGAGGUGGGUGCGGAAGCAGCAUCCAGAGAGCGGGGAGGAGGCUGUGGUGCUACUGGAAUAUUUGGAGAGGCAUCUGGACCAGCAGAUGUCACAGGUCCCAACCAGGGACCAGGGUCAAGAACUACUUUCUUGCAAUAUGGCAAUGUGGACACCAGCUGGGUCACAAAAUACCCAGUUCCAAUUGAUGAAGUCUUUACUCAAACAUGACUUUCUGGAGCCCCAGCCUUUACCAGAAAGAGGUGGUAAAAUACAGAGUAAGAACCGGGACUUGUCUCCAGAUGGGGAACAUCCAGAACAGGACGAAGGUCAGACACAAUGCCCUCUGGGUGAAGACAUUGCCCAGAUUUCUGAACAAGAGGCCAGGUUACAAAGAAAGCAGAAAAAUGCCACAGGAGGUAGGCGGCACUAUUGUCAUGAGUGCGGAAAGAGUUUUACGCAGAGUUCGGGUCUGACUAAGCACAGGAGAAUCCACACUGGAGAGAAACCCUAUGAAUGUGAGGACUGUGGCAAAACCUUCAUUAGGAGCUCAGCACUUGUCAUCCAUCAGCGAGUCCACACUGGUGAGAAGCCAUAUGCAUGUGAUGAAUGUGGCAAGGUCUUUAGUCACAGUUCAAACCUUAUCAAACACCAAAGAACUCACACCGGAGAAAAACCCUAUGAGUGUGAUGACUGUGGGAAGACUUUCAGUCAGAGUUGUAGCCUCCUAGAACAUCACAAAAUUCACACUGGGGAGAAACCAUACCAGUGCUACAUGUGUGGCAAAUCUUUUCGGCGGAAUUCACAUCUCCUGAGACACCAGAGGAUCCAUAGUGAUAAAAGUGUUCAAAAUCCUAAACCUGAGGAGACUUGGGAGUGUCAAGGUAGAAAGGGAGGUCAGGAGGAAAAUGCUGAGGUUCCCAUGUCAUAUAAAUGUAGUGAGUGUGAGAGAAGUUUCACUCAAAAAUUCUGAGGUUCACUCACUGAACCUCAGAAAAUUCACAUGGAUGAGAAACCUUAUCAGUGUGAUGCAUGUGGAAAAGGCUUCACCCGAACUUCAUACCUUGCCCAACAUCAGAGAAGCCAUGUUGGGAAAAAAGGUCUAUCACAUUGAUUCAUAUCUUCUUAUAUGCUAAAGUUGGUGCUCAUUCUUCAUUGAAUGGAUGCCUUCUUCAAGCCCUUCCUGACUGAGAAAGUGUCUGCUUGGGCGAGCUUUACAUACCACUUACACUUCCUCAGGUUUUAAAAAAUGUAGAGUCUGACUGAGAGGAGUUAGUCUCAACAUCCUAGAAGAUGAGCAGAAAACUUGUUUGAUAGAAGGCUGAGAGUUGUUUGGAAGAGGUAUAAACUUACAUAAUUUGUUCUUACUCAUUACACAUCAGUUGGCUUUAGGACUAGCUAAUUACCCUCAGUGUGCACUUAGUGGUGUCUUCUGGUUAAUGGCUGCAGUGUUAACAAUUCAUUUUGUCUACAGUAAAUCCUCUACCAGUUUGAAUGAUGGAACAAUGCCACUCCACUUUGUGCCUUGCUUAUAGGUGCUACUAACACUUAUUAAAAGUGCUAGUGAAAUGAUCUUUGUAACUCUGAAAAUCCAAUGUUUUCUUGACUUUGGAGGAACUUUUUUCUUUUUUUUUUUUUAAAUUUCUUUAUUGGGGGUUAAUGGCUUAUAGUCGACAGUAAAAUACAAUAGUUAUUUUAAAUGGAUAACAUUUCCCAGUGGAGGAACUUUUUUUUUAAUAUUUAUUUAUUCCCUUUUUUUGUUGCCCUUGUUUUUUUUUUUUUUUUUUUUACUGUUGUAGCUAUUGAAGUCGUCGUUGUUGGAUAGGAUAGAGAGAAAUGAAAUGAGGAGGGGAAGACAGAGAGGGGGAGAAAAAGAUAAACACUUGCAGAUCUGCUUCACUGCUUGUGAAGUGACUCCCCUGCAGGUGGGAAGCCAGGGGCUCAAACUGGAAUCUUUCUGCUGGUCCUUGCACUUUGUGCUACCUGCGCUUAACCCGCUGUGCUACCGCCCAACUCCCUAGGAACUUCUCAUUAAGGCCAUUUGUGUUUGUAUAAGUACCUUGUGCUAACCGAUCGCGCCACUGGAGCUCCAAGCCAUUUGUAUUUGUGUCUAGUUAUCCGAGGUUUUAGAUUUUUGGGUCAACCUGCAUUUAUUGCCAGAUACAUAUAUGAUCAUUAGGAUUUAAGGCUACUUUAUCCCUAGAAGUCCAUUCUUUAGUGUUAAUCACGUUAUUCUACAUUUAUUUUCUUACUCUGUAGGAAAUCUUUCAUAUUCUGGUAAGCAAAAAUCAAUUCACUAACUCAAGAGUAAAAUGACUAUGAGUUUUUGUUAUCACAGACCCAGUUUUGCAUUGUGUACCUGAUAUAAAGUUGAAGUUAAAUAGUAGCAGAGAGAAAGAGAGAGAGAGAGAGAGUUAAUAUUUACAAUUGGCCAAAAAUAAGAAUGGGAGACCAAAAUCUCAUAUCCACUAUCUAGGGGAGAACAAAAGCACAAUGUUUCAUAGGGCUAGGAAAUGAGGAAGGUGAGCUUUAUGGAAGAAGGGAAAUAUAUAUAUAUAUAUAUAUAUAUCACAUCAGACUUUUUACAUCAGCUGCAGUGAGACUGUAUUAUAUGUGAAAUCAGAUCUCUUGACAUCACCUUCACCCAGAACUAGUUAAUGUGAAUGUCAACCAUAAAAGCCUAAUGACUUUAGUGACAUCUGAAAGGAGGUAUUAAACACCCAUCACUGGGACUCAGUUACAUUUUGAUAUAAUAAGUUCUGUGAUGCUCAGUGGCUUCUCACCUAACUAUCCUGGGCCUAACCAAGUGCCAAGACAUCACCUGUGUUGCUCUUCUCCAACUUUGGUUAUUUUUUAUUUUUUACUAUUUUCUCUUUAUCUUUAUUAUUUAUUGGAUAGAGAC